AAGAUUUAAUAAUUAAAUGAUAUGAUUGAUUGAUUGAUUGAUUGAUUCGUUAAAUCUUACGAAUCGGAUCAUCUCAAUUGUUAAAGAGAUAAAUUAAUAUGAAGUUUAUGGACACAAUAUUAAAUAUUGUGCGCAUGAUUAAAACACCACUAGCGAGUUCUGUCCUUGGGAUAGUCAGGCAACAUGUAAUACUUACCUUUAACAAAUGAAGAAAAUAUCUUUAUUUGUUUUACUACUGCAGUUUGAACAGUUACCGCCCAGCGUUGAGAGUGACAAGAUCAUUACGUACCAUAUUAGUUCAUAAUCUGAUAAUAAAUGUUAUGUUUGGAAAUAUAUUUUGAAAGAAUUAAUCAUAAACAUAACAUAAAGUUUGUUUAUAAAAGUAUAGUCAGGUGAUAUAUUUUAUUUUUUUAAAAAUGAAAAAUCCUAAAUCACAGCGAAGUACAACGGAGAUAUUUGUACUUUCUGAAAGGCCGCAAUCUGAUGUAAACCAAGAAUCCGAGAACGGAAUGAAAAUAUCAGAAGAAACGGAAACAGAUCGAGCGACUUGGGGAAAUCCUAUUGAGUUUCUCAUGUCAUGCAUUGCAUACUCUGUUGGUCUUGGUAAUGUUUGGAGAUUUCCUUACACUGCAUACGAAAAUGGCGGUGGUGCAUUUGUUAUCACAUAUAUUAUUGUUCUUUUCAUGGUUGGAAAGCCAGUGUACUAUAUGGAAUCAAUGCUCGGGCAAUUUACGAGUCAAUCAUGUGUUAAAAUGUGGGCUCUUUCUCCAUCUUUUAGAGGUAUCGGAUAUGGAAUGACCAUAGCAGUAUUUUUAGUACAAACUUACUAUUCAGGUUUAUCGUCUAUCAUUUUAUAUUACUUAAUAAUAUCCUUCCAGUCGACGUUACCUUGGUCUCAAUGUUUUCCGGAAUGGAGUGAACCCUGUUUUAACUCAUCAAGUCCACAAUCUUCAGGUAUCAAUUCUUCAAAGAGUAGUGCAGAACAUUUUUUCUUCAAAGAGGUCAUUAAUGAAAGCAGAAUAGAAAAUGGACUUGGUACUCCUUCAUGGCGAUUGGUGUUAUGUCUUCUCACUACUUGGGUCAUUAUCUUUUUAGUUCUUUUCAAAGGAGUGAAAAGUGCUGGAAAAGCAUCAUAUUUUCUGGCAAUAUUCCCAUAUUUUAUGAUGUUCAUGCUGUUUGGAAGAGCUGUAACUCUAGAAGGUGCUAUCGGAGGAAUAAUAUAUUUUUUACGACCAGACUGGAGCAAGAUGACUGAUCCAAAAGUGUGGUAUGCCGCCGUUACUCAAUCUUUUUUUUCACUUGGUGUUUGUUUUGGCGGCGUCAUAAUGUACGCUUCCUACAACAAAUUUGAGCACAAUGUCACAAGGGACUGUAUGAUCGUUUCAACUCUUGAUCUUUGCACAAGUCUCAUAGCAGGUACUACUAUUUUUGGAAUUUUAGGCAAUUUAGCUUUCAAAUUAGGAACUGAUGACUUCCAUUCAGUCGUCAGAUCAGGAAGUGGAUUGGCAUUUAUUUCUUAUCCAGAAGCUUUAGCGCAAUUUUCUGUCGUGCCAUCUGUAUUUGCAGUCUGUUUUUUUUUGAUGUUAUUUACACUUGCUAUUGGUUCAUCCGUAGCUUUUUGUAGUACUGUCAUCAGUGUUAUUAAAGAUCAAUUUCCUAGAUACUCACAAUGGAAAAUUGUACUCGCUGUUUGUACAGUUGGCUUUGGUAUUGGAAUCUGUUACUGUACACCGGCUGGAUUAUAUAUGAUUAAUUUAGUAGAUUACUUUGGAGGCACAUUUAUAAUUAUGGUUUUAGCGAUGCUAGAAGUUGUUGGUGUUUCAUGGUUUUAUGGAAUCGAUAAUUUUCUGGACGACAUCGAGUUUAUGACAAAUAAAAGACCUUUCUUCUUCUGGCGCAUUUGUUGGGUCUUCUUAACACCAAUUAUGCUCUUCACAAUAUUAAUUUAUUUUUUAAUUACACUACAACCACUUACAUACAAUGAUGAAUAUUAUCCAACUUCUUCAUAUGUUGCUGGUUGGGCUUUAUUGGCCUGUGGAGUAUUGCCGUUUGUAAUUUUAAUGUUCACCACCAUCAUACGUAACAAAGAAAAAAGCUUAUCUGAUAUUUUUAAACCAGCGGUCAAUUGGGGCCCACGCAAUGCGAAAACUCGUGAAAGAUGGAGAAACUUUAAGCUUCUAAAACAACAAAAAAGAGAUCUUGAUUUAACCGAAAAUAAAUUGCGAAGAGUUUUCACAGUAUUAUUUAAUAAAUUAAAGUAAAAAAUAAGAAAUCUAUUGACGGUGAAGAUUCUUAAUCGUAAUUUUUGUCUCUCAUUUAAGCAGUAGAAAACAUUUUUUUUGUUAAGCUAUUAGUGAGCUUAUAAAAUAAUAAACCUUAUAUCCCUAGGUUAAUUUGUGGUAAAUACAAAAAUACAUCGAUCUCUAAUUUGUGAUGAAAUAAUUUAUGCUUGUUCGAAUUUUGAUAUCCAUUUAAAUGGGUGUAUUAA